CCUCCACCCGCUCCUUCUCCGCCAGUGAGAGGAUGUUUCCCACACUGAAGCCUCCGCCGCGGGGGGACACGGAUCACUCUGACCAAUGAAGAGCCGCUCCGAGGAGGAGACGAGAGGGAGAUGCAUUCAUCGCGGAGGGGAGAGAGCAGCGGGCUGGAGGUUCCUCUCACACACAUCCUCCACACACCGGACUAUCCGACGGUAGGGCUCCCGGGAACAUAGUCUAGUGGAGCUGUUGUGGCACACGGAUCAGGCGAGAGGACGGGAACACACGCACACACACACACACACACACACACACACACACACACACACACACACACACACACACACACACACACACACACACACACACACACACACACACACACACACACACACACACACACACGCACCUGGUGGCACCGCGGAGCGAAAGGCUAAUUGGGAUCGAGAGUUCAAGUCGAGCAGGCUGGACGUCUAAAGCCUCUUAACGCAGGAGGAGGAACACCGCACGAGGGGAGUGCGUUCAGCGCGUGUGUUUGUGCGACUACCGCCCGUGGAGAGCCACCCUGGACCCAGCCCCACGCGGGGAGGAGGAGAGGCACCGGCGGCCAGGGGGGCCUUCGCUGGGGAAGACUAACCCGAGUAGAUAAGGACGGGGAUGGUUUUCGUUCACCGGACACGUUGAACCGGCUCCGCGCGUAGAGUUGCGCAUUUAUGAGAGUGGACUAAAAGGUGCGACUCAAUGCGCCCGCCUUCAGUCCCGAAGUAGAGACGCGGAGAUGGAGAGAGAAAGAGCGCAUGGUCCCACUCGGUCCGGUCCACAGGGGAGGAGAGGCCAGCUGGACCGCGGCAGCAGCGCCCCCGGAGAGGCGCAGCUCCGGCGCACCGUCCUGUUCCUCUGCGCCCUCUCGGUGCAACCGCAGGUGGUCCGGGCGGUGGGUCUCUUCGAGCUGCAGAUCCGCCACUUCCAGAACGCCGGGGGCCUGCUUCAGAGCGGAGAGUGCUGCGACCUCCCGGCCAGCGGGGGGCAGCGCUGCUCGCCCCGGGACCCCUGUGACACCUUCUUCAGGGCCUGCCUCAAGGAGUACCAGUCCCGGGUCUCCCCCACCGGGACCUGCACCUUCGGGUCGGGCGGCACCGGGGUGCUGGGCGGGAACUCCCAGACGCUGCGCCACCACGGGCACGAUGGAGGAGGAGGAGGAGGAGGAGGAGGAGGAGGAGGACUGGAAGGGACUAACGGGCACAUCGUGAUUCCCUUCAAGUACGCGUGGCCGACACCAAUGAAUGUGAAGUAGGCAUUUGUGUUCAUGCUCGUUCCUGCCGCAACCUGAUUGGAGGAUACCUGUGUGACUGCCUUCCUGGUUGGUCGGGAGCCAACUGUGACAUAAACAACAGCAGCUGUCGGGGCCAGUGUCUGAACGGCGGGCAAUGCCAGGACCUGGUUUCGGGAUCCAAUUGUGUGUGCCAGACUGGUUUCUCUGGGAAGUUCUGCCAGACUGCGGCCGGUGCCUGUGACAGCGCCCCCUGUCUGAACGGAGGGCAGUGUGUGGAGAGAGACGACCAGGCCACCAGCUGCCUCUGCCCGCUGGGGUACUCAGGGUCCUUCUGCGAGGUAGCGAUAGACCUGUGCAGUCCCAACCCGUGCCACCAGGGGGCGCCCUGCAGCAGCGUGGACGGCAGGUUUCUGUGCGGCUGUCCAGAUGGGUUUUACGCCAACAAAUGCCUCAGUCUCAUGGACCCUUGCAUUGGUCAGCAUUGUCCAGGUGCUAUCUCCGACUCGGUGCAGGGCGGGGGGCUGACCUUCUACCUGGCUCUGGUGGGCGUGUCGGCGCUGGUCACCGUGUGCUGCUGCAGCGCCUGCGCCUUCCUCUUGUCCCGCCUCCACCGCCGCAGGAAGAGGAAGCAGACGCAGGCCGCGGCCCCGCCCACCCCGGGGGCCUUCAACAACCAGCGGGAGCUGGUCACGCUGAUCCGCAACCUGGACCGGCCCUUCCCCCUGCUGCCGCCGCCGCCCCCGCCCGGCUCCGCCCCCGCGCCCCGCCCGGGCUGCCGCCACGAGGAGAUCGAGCUCACGCCGCCCCCCCCCCUCGCCGGCCCCCCCCCGGGCCUCGCCCGCCCUGAAGCCGGCCGCCCCCCACGCCCCCAAGCAGGACAUCUCCAACCUGGAGAGGGAGAAGCUGAACCGCUUCCACUACACAGAGCCCCCCCAGGAGGUCUGACCCCCCAGGACCACAGAGCCCCCCCAGGACCACAGAGCCCCCCCAGGAGGAGGUCUGACCGCCCAGGAGGUCUGACCCCCCAGGACCACAGAGCCCCCCCAGGAGGUCUGACCCCCCAGGACCCCCCAGGACCCCCCAGGACCACAGAGACCCCCCAGGAGGUCUGA